AUGGUAUCCUUUGGUGGACUUAGAAUAAGUACCACUACUGCCCCGAAUAAUCCACUGAAAAAAAAAAGGGAAUAUAGGCCUCCUGAUCUAUCUAGGUAUGAUUAUCACUACGGUGGUUUACAAAAAAACGGAUAUAGAAUUCAUGAUGAUAAUAUUGGUAUCGAACAACAAAUAGGAGGAGAAGAAGAACCGUAUGGAUAUAAUACUGACCAAAAUAACUCUCCAAUAGAUGAAUAUGCUGCCAAUUACAACAGAAACUAUACUUAUAACAAAGCAUAUUCUUUAAGAAGUAAUUAUUCUGCCUUAUCAAAUGCCAAACAUGCUAAUAAUAGUGUUGGAAGGAAUAAUACUAAUGUUAAAAGAAAAAACAAUGAAAUUCUUAAUGAUGGCAGAAAGUAUAACUCUUUGACUAAUGUAUCAAAACUUAAUGGUCCUAAAAUAGGUAGUAAUGUUAAAACUAUUAGGAAGAAGAAUAAUAACAUUGACAAUUCCAGGAACAAUAGUUUGGUUGUUAAGAAAACUACUGAAGUUAGGGAUGCUUUAGGGAAAACUAAAUCAAUUACUAUCCAAACUAUUAAAAAAAUAGAUGGUUAUGAAUUUGUCAAAACUACCACAAUUGGUGGUGCAGGCACCAGCAAAGAGGGUGAACUUACAGAUAAUGAGCUUUUUGGAAAUGAUGGUGAUAAUAAUAUCUUUGAGGAUGAAGACGAGUAUAUUAAAAAAGAAUUUCAAAACUUUACAACGACAACCACAGCUACAGCCCAUAAUACAGAUGCUUUAUUCAGAAGAAGGUUAAGUAUGGGAAGUGGAGGUGAGAGUCUUAUGGACAGGCAACAACCACAGCAGCAAUCUGAGAUAUAUAUGAAUAAACAAAUAGCUGCAGAUGGUAGUGAACUUUAUUUCGAUGCUUCCUCAAAUGUUGUAUCGACAACUCCUUCGUCAUUGGUACUUUCACACACUAAUACUGGUACGAAUACUAACAUUGGUAGUAAUAAUAAUAAGAAUAAUAAUAAUAAUAAGAAUAUUGGUAAUAGUAGUAAUAGUAAUUCUAUUAAUGUUAAUAAACGUACAAACGGAACAAACAUCAAAAGAGCGAAAAAGAAGCAUAUUACUGCACAAUAUGAUGUUAACCAUCACAUUAAUAGUAGCAACAAAGAAUUAUCCCCAGAGGAGAUGUAUGCAAAAGCUUUAGAAAUUGCUGAAAAGAAAGUAUAUGGUGAAAAUGGCUUGUAUAGAAAAAAUGGUGGCACCAGCGUUUCUGGAAAACAUCAGAUGAGCAGUAGAACAUUAAGAAAGGAUGGUGAUGAUACCAUUGCUGCACCUGCUUUGGUUACAACUACUGUCAAUGAAGCUGAUAAUAAUGUUUCUGGUAGUGGACAUAGUUUUUUUAACAAAUUAAAACAUAAAAAGAAUCAUGUUAAUCAAGAAAUUUUACAAUAUCAUGAUAAUAAUGGUAAUAUCAAUACCUCUGCUGUUCCAAAAAAAGUAUCCGUAGCAUCACCUGUCACGCACGUUAAGAAUAAAAAAUUAACUGACGAAGAAAUGUAUGCUAGAGCACUGGAAAUUGCUAAGCAAAGGGUUUACGGUGUAAGCGGUAUAACGGCACCUGAAAAUGAUACUAAUGUUUCUAGUGGUGGUAAUAAUAAUGAUAAUGUAGUUGCUAAUUGCAGCGAUACUGUCUUAGUAACACAAGCUACUCAUAGCGAUAGUACCAGUACCAUAUCUAGACAUAACCAUGGUGAUUAUGUUGGAGCAGAACCAGGUGUUAUUUUGGCAUCUAAUGAUAAAGCUCAAGAAAAAGCUACUUUACAGAAUGCGCACUCCGUAAUAUCCCCUGAUGUAAGUGUUAAUAACAAUAAUAAUGAUAGUAUUAUUAGUAGUAAUGGUAACAGUAACAUUACUGCUGAUGCCAACCCUACCAAUACAAGACGUUUAUCCUCAGCAUCCUUACUAGAAAAACAACAACGAGAAGAACAACAACAACAGGAAGAACAACAACAACGGGAAGAACAACAACAACGGGAAGAACAACAACAACGGGAAGAACAACAACAACGGGAAGAACAACAACAACGGGAAGAACAACAACAACGGGAAGAACAACAACAAUCUACACCUAAAAAGAGAUCUAUAUUUACUAUUGGUAAUAAAACUGUAUCCCCUAAGCAUUCUACUACUAACAACGAUAAUAAUAAUAGUAAACUUGAUAAUAAAACUGAUAAUAAUAAUGGUAGUAAUAGCAAUAGUAAUAAUAUUUCAAAGUUCUCAUCUCCAUCAAAACUCAUGAAAAAGAAAUCUAAAUUUGGCUUGUUUAAAACCUUCUCUAGAAAUAGUAAGAAAUCACUGAAUAGUGCUAAUUCUCCUGCUGGUGAGAACCUUGUUCUUGAGGAGAAGAUAGCUAGAAACCAAAAUAUGACUUCACCAAUGCAAUUAGAAAUUCAGCAUGAAAAGAAAGUUGAUAAUUUUGCGAGAAAUUCAGAGGGAAACAUUGAAGAAGAAACACAGAAAGAAGAACUACAACAGAAAUCUACUUCUCCGAUGGAAAACAAUGAUAUUACUAUGAAGAGUAAUGAUGGUGAAGCUAGCACAAUACAACAAUUAAAACAAAUGGAAGAAGAAAAUAUUUCCAAAGCCGACGACCUUAAUGAUGUUGAAGGUAGUAAAGCAUUGGAAGUACAGAAUACUGGCGAUAUUAUUGAUUUUUCUGAAAAGCAGGAAAGCGUAGAUAUUCAAAAAAUGCCAGGUAAUUUUCCUGGAGAAGAUGGAGAUGAGUCAAGACCAACAAGUGUCGGAAGCGUUGAUACUGGUGAUAGUAGUAACACUGUUUUUAAGCAAGAAAAAAAUGAUGAGGAUGAUAAUUAUAAAAUGGAAAAAAUCAGUGAUGAAGUGGGAAAGGCAAUGGUAGUUAGCGGUCCUGAUAAGGAUAUAAACAACGAAUCGACUAGUACAGCUGGAAUUGGAAUGGAGAAUGGAGGACACUAUGAAGGAGCAGAUGAAGCAGUUACUAUGGAAAGCCCAAUGAUUAUUGAAAAAACUAAUGAUGCUACCGACGAGCAGACUUCCAAAAAUUCAUCGAUUGUCAUUGUAGGGAAGGACGGAUACUGUGAUAACAAUGAUUUGGCAAAUACUGGAAAUAGUUAUGUUUCAUCACCAUUGGAGGCGCCACAAGAGCAACAGAGCCUAGAAUAUACUAUACCUAAUAUUGGUGAUACUAAAAUUUUAAAUAUUACUCCCAAACAGGAAGAGCAAGAACAAGGUCAGGCACAGAAGCAGGAGAGUCCUAUUUCAUUUGAAAAAAUAUCUAAUAAUAUUAUGGAAAAACAGAAGGUUCCAGCAGGUAAUAGUACCGAUUUUACUGAUAAUACUAUUAAUACCAACAGUAAACACGGUGUUAAAGGAUUUUUUGAUAAAAUUGUACAAUUUUCACAGGAAAAUACAGGUACUCAACCAUCAAAAAAACACGCUAACGAUAACAACAAUGGUGAUAGUAAAAAUAACAAGAACAAAAAUAAGACUAAAUCAGUUACAAGUAUUGAUAUCACCGAGGAAAAAGUUGAAUCUGUAAAACCCAAUCCUGUUCCUAUUAAUGAUAUUAAUGCCAAUGUCACUACACAGCAAGAUUCGUCCAAGAAUAAGAAGAAAAAGAAAAAAAAGAAAUUUUUCAAAUUUAAUUUAUAG